AUGUCAUCAAAUAGCAUAACAAUAUCACCUCAAGCCUACUUCAGCACACAUAAUGCUUUAGAUGGGCAACAUGGUCAUGAAAAUGCAGUUUUCAUUUAUCUUAAAGAAUUAGAAGGUUCUAGGCACGCCUGCAUCUCAGUUUAUCCCUUCUACGAUAUACAGACCCUCAAACGAUUGUUAAUUAAACGGUUAAAACUGGGAUCCAAUGUCACCGUAACAGAUAUAAGAAUGGUAUUCAAGGGCACUGAAUUACCGAAUUAUCGCAACAUUGGAACGUUCCUAAACAUUAUUGAUGAGUCGCGCAAGGAGCUACUCAAAAUUUAUUGGUGUUUUAGAGCCUCCAGUGACAACAUUGGAAUACGCAAUUUGAAUGUCAACAACGUACAAGGAAUGAAUAAUGUGAUAUCUGAUGUGCUUCUAGGGUUUAAAUCCAAAAUAGCACCCAAAUUGACUAUAGAAGGUACGGGAGGCACGUAUUUUCUCUACAAUAAGAGGCGGCGUAUUUGUGCAAUAUUCAAACCAAUCGACGAGGAGGCUUUUGCUCCAUGCAAUCCCAGGGGAUACCACGGAAAAUUGCACCAGAGAGGAUUCAGACCUGGUGUUUUAUCAGGGGAGGGUGCUAGUAGGGAGGUGGCAGCGUACAUUUUGGAUGCCUCAUAUGGCAACUUUUGCCAAGUGCCUCCCACAACUCUGGUUGAAGUUAGGCAUCCUUCUCUCCAUAAUAAAGAAUACUAUCAGAUGUACGAUUACGGGGCCACAGAUGAGAGUAUCAAAUGGAAGACAGGUUCUCUACAGUCAUUUAUCGAGACGCGUGAAAUCUGUGGCAAUUUUGACCCGAAUAUGUUUAGCAUAUCUGACGUACAUCGAAUUGGAAUAUUCGACCUGUGCGUAUUAAACCUGGAUAGAAAUGAUGGAAAUAUUUUGGUCAGAAAUUUGAAGAUGGGAUCUACGCUGGAUGAAUCUCACAAAACACCCAUGGGCGGAUUUACCAGAUAUUCACUGAUACCGAUUGACCACGGGCUAAUAUUGCCCGAUGUUUUAGAUGUAACAGAACUGGAUUUAGUUUGGUUUGGCUGGCCUCAAACUAAAAUUCCCUUCUCUCCGGCCGAAUUACAGCAUAUAAAGAUUCUAGAUCCUGAUAGAGAUGCUCUCAAACUUAAGCGGAAGCUGUUGAUUAGAAAUGAGUGCCUACGGACCAUGAGAGUGGCUACCCGAUUAGUUAAAAUGGGCGCUCAAAAUAACCUAACCCUUCAUCAAAUCGCAAGCUUGGCAAUCAGAGAAAAUUUGGACGAUCCAUCUCCAUUGGAACUCGUCAUAUCCUCCGCAAUUGAACAGGCGUACCUAAUUUUCGACUCUACCAGAUUGGUUUCCACCAACAGGCUAAAGUUCUCUUGUGACCUAAUACAACCCACUAAUUCCCGAUCCUAUUUGAGCAAAAAAAUUAAUCAAAGCGUCUUCAUUUUGGAUCAAUCGUCCGAAAACUUUUCCAAAAAUGAAUUCACAGAUUCUGAUUCUGAUUCAGAUGCCCUCCCCUCAAGCGUAUUCUUCGAUUAUCAUGGAAGCAACAAAAAAUCAUCAUUUUCCAAUAACAGUAUAGACGAUGAAAAUAAUACUUACAUUACAAACAACGGUACUUGUAUUGCGAGUGAAUGGACAAACAAGUCAAUGGGUACCUUUAGGCACCGAAGGCCAUUCAGGGGCGAUAACACCACCUGGUCCCUACACGAUCAACAUGGAAAGCCCGUACAACUCGCAUGGGACGACAUUCAGUUCGAAUAUUUUUUUUUCCAAACCCUAGAAAGGUUGCUAAGUGAAAAGCUUAUAGCUAUCAAUGUGCAAUGA